CAGCUGCCCCGUGCUAGAUGUGGGCGCAAACAUGGCUGCCCCUUGGUGGAGGCACAUCACCAGGUGGAAGAGAGGCUGCUGGAGCUCAGCGGUGUCAGAAACGUUAUGGCCGGUGACCGGCAGGUCCGCGUCCUCCUCCGGGUUCGUCCCCGGCUUGGUCGGCGGAAGCUCGGAGCCUGGGAACGAGGUGAAACCAUCAUCUCAGAUCUUCUCCAAAUCUCUACUCUCAGAUGUUUCUCUGAUCAGACCGCGGCCCCGGCUGCCGGUCGCUGCUCUUCAGCCUCUCUGCUGCCGAUCGACGCACAGCGACGCCAAACUGAAAGACCCUUUCACGUUGGCGCAGAAAGACUUGACGACGUUAUACGACGAUAUCAAGAAGGAGCUCUUCGUUUCCAGGACGGAGCUGAAGUCUCUGUGCGACUACUACUUCGACGGCCGAGGGAAGGCCAUCCGGCCGAUCAUCGUGGUGCUGAUGGCUCGAGCGCUCAACGUCCACAGCAACCGAUCCGGGGAUCUGCUUCCGGGACAAAGAGCCAUCGCCAUGAUCACCGAGAUGAUCCACACCGCCAGCCUGGUGCACGACGACGUCAUCGACGGGUCGGACGCACGGCGAGGGAAGCAGUCGCUCAACCAAGUGUGGGGCGAAAAGAAGGCCAUCUUAGCCGGAGACUUCAUCCUGUCCGCGGCCUCCAUGGCGUUGGCUCGCAUCGGCAACAUCACGGUGGUGAAGGUGCUCUCUCAGGUCAUCGAGGACCUGGUGCGAGGUGAGUUCAUGCAGCUCGGCUCCAAGGAGAACGAGAACGAGCGGUUCAAGCACUACCUGGAGAAGACCUUCAAGAAGACGGCCAGCCUGAUCGCAAACAGCUGUAAAGCAGUGUCCAUCCUGGUGAACUCUGACCCCGAAGUCCAGGAGAUCGCGUACCAGUACGGGAAGAACGUCGGCAUCGCCUUUCAGCUCGUGGACGACGUUCUGGACUUCACGUCGGGAGCCGAGCAGCUGGGGAAGCCGUCGGCCGCUGAUCUGAAGCUGGGUUUGGCUACCGGACCGGUUCUGUUUGCCUGUCAACAGUUUCCGGAGCUUCACGCGAUGAUCAUGAGACGCUUCAGCUCCAAAGGAGACGUGGACCGGGCCUGGCAGUACGUCCUGAAGAGCGACGGCGUCCAGCAAACCACCUUCUUGGCGCGGCGCUACUGCCAGGAGGCCAUCAGACAGGUCAGCCUGCUGCGGCCGUCCCCGGAGAGAGACGCCCUCAUCCGCCUCACCGAGCUGGUGCUCAGCAGAGACAAGUGAACUUCCACCUCCUCACACUCGGGCAGCUACUCGGAGGACGGCGCGGGAGUCUGUGGGCGGGGCUCUCCGGACUCUCAAACACUCCCUGAAGUGGAGGCGGAGCUGCUCCGUCGUGGUCGACGUCUAGAUUUGUUGUUUGUGUAAAUUAUGAUUCCACUUCCUGAACGGAAAUGGGGAGAAUCGUGGUCAUGAACCCUCGCAUCACUGAGUACUGUACAGUCAACGGACCCGCCGGUGGAGGCGGAGCUUAUUCUUCUGUGACGUCAGCGGAGAUCCGUCCACGUGUCGUGUAACAACCAAGCCUUAACGUCUGCUCAAUAAACCACGCCUCCUUUUUACUCAGCA